GGUCUCCUAAUCAUGCCAUCAGACCAAGACCAAGACCAUCCUUCGGCUUCCGAUGACCGAUCCAUCGACAUCGGUGGCCGGACCUACCAGCUUUACUGGUGUUACCAAUGCCACCGAACCGUGAGGAUUGCAACCGGUAACUCCCCGAUCAUGUGUCCGAGGUGUUUCGGUCAGUUUGUCUAUGAAAUCGAUAUAGCUAGACCAAGGCUUGUGGUCGAAUUCACUGAAUUCGACCCCUCGCCUGAAGCCCGUUUACUCGAAGCACUCUCACUUAUGCUCGAUCCUCAUGUUCCACAAACUGACCGACGCCGAGAAAGGUUUACCGACAUCGGAAUCCAACCACCGUGGAGGCGUAGGAUUCGUUCAAACUCGCGGUUUGAUGAUAUGGACGGGUGGGGUCCGGGUCCUGGAAUUCUAGCCCGUCCGAGGUCACGUUCUUGGGUUAUUCUUACCCCAAAUAACCUCCCUAGAGUUAAUGAUAACGAUAAUGAUAAUGAUAAUGAAGUAGAGGAUCAGGUGCCAAGAGGGGUUGAUCCUCGAAACUAUUACGCGGGGACCGGAUUAAACGAAUUAAUCGAAGAACUAACGCAAAACGACAGGCCCGGUCCACUACCGGCCCCGGAUUCGGCAAUCAACGCAUUACCAAACGUUAAAAUCACACCAACACAUCUUCUAAAUGACUCACAAUCUUGUGCAAUUUGCAUGGAGGACUUUAAAGUUGGUGGAGAAGCAAAGGAGUUACCAUGCAACCAUAUAUUCCAUUCUAACUGUAUUGUGCCAUGGUUAAGACUCCAUAACUCUUGUCCCAUUUGCCGGAACGAGAUUCCGGUGCCCACGGUUACCACCGACGGGUCUAGUGAGUCUUCUGACGGUGGGUUUGAUUCAUCGGUUGAUAGUAGGGGUAGAAGACGACGAAGGUGUUUGAGGUGGAGACGGUUAGCAAACAUAUGGCCUUUUCGGGCUAGGUAUCGACCUCUUGGUUCAAAUGGUGUUGCGAACGUUAAUACGAGUCGUGAAGACUCGAGGGUUAACUCGUGUACCAUUCUUUAGCUAGUAGUGAUAUUAUUGCCGAUUGUUGAAAUGAUUUGUUGUAAUGAUCGAAUGAUUAAUUGUGUUGCAA